AAAUUGAAAAUUUCCGUAUUCUAGUGAUACUUUGCUUUAUUUUAUUUCUGGUAUAUUGACAAAAGACUGCGAAUUGCCGAUAAAAACCAUACAGAUCAGAGAAUUAAUAUGUUAUACUUUUAAAAGGUUUCCUGACAAUUAUUUAAUAAUUAUAGUGUAUGUAAAUAAAGUAAAGCGGCGGCGGUAAUCUACAAGCCUUGCGCUGUGGAUUUACACUUUUGCGGUACCAACCAACGUUUCAGAAUUCAAAUCAUGGCAGAUAUGCUAGAUGAUCAAGGGGACAACGCAGUUCGUCCAUCAAGACCAUCACUAGUGCAAGUGAGAGCAUUGGUAGAGUUUAUUCAGAAACACCCAGACUUGGCUCAUAGGAAGCUGAGGACUGGUGUAGCUCGACAGAAGGUCAAGAAGCUAUGGAUACAGCUCUCUAAUAUAGCCAAUUCUUUAGAAGGCACAUUGAAGUCUACUAAAGGAUGGAUAAAGUUCUGGUCGGAUAAAAGAAGGAGUAUAAUCUUGAAGCAGAAGCAGAUAGACGAGGGCAAACUGCAGGACACUCUGGCUCCCAUAGAACAAAAAAUAUAUGACCUUUGUCAAAAUGUUACUGAUAAAUCAAGUACAACUAAAAGAAAAAAAGGCGUAAAACUAGAGCCCUGUAACGGCAAUGAUGACGACUCCAUGGAUGACUUGUUUCCUGAUUCUGAAGAGAUGGAGCUGAGUCAGAUGGAUGGUAGCAGACUACUGCCUACCGAAGCUGAGGAGAGACAGCUUAAUAUCAUGGAGAAAUUGGUGGAUGUAAUGGAUCAGCAAUCGCAAGCAAUGGUUCAAAUGGCGCAGGCAGCUCAUAACAACUCUAAAGCUUUAGAGCGCCUAGCUGAGGCGUCGCAAAUGCAGGCACUAGCAGUUGACAGAGUGGCGGCUACAUUUGAAAACAUCAGCACUUCAGUUCAUGACGUCAGAAAUGCUAUCAUGAGUAUCGACUACACUAUGAAGAGGUGUUACUCAGCUUCCGCGACGCAACAACGAACCAGCUCCAACUUAUUUAGUUAAAAAAUAAUAUUUAGACGAGAAAUGUUUCGUAUUAAAAAGUACAGUAUUCACAAAUAAUAAUAGUAUCCUUUUAUGUAUGUAGAAUUAGAAUAUCUUUCAACAAUUUUCAUGUAUUUUAUCCAGAUUACCGUAAUUUAAAUCUUAAUUGUUAAUUCUAUUUAUUUUUAUUUUACUUCUAAAGUGUACCGUACAAUUUGUGUGAAGCGAAAGUGUACAAUGAAGUAAUGAUAUCAGAAAAUACAAUCACUUUUAAACAAUAGAA